AUGGACGAUGGUUUACAGAUCUCAGUAUCACAUAUUGAAACAGUAGCUGAUGAACUUCAUGCAACAGUAGAAGAAUGCCAGAACACCCUGAAACUCCUCUCCUCAUCACUUGACACCACCCAAGAAUGCCUCAACACUCUAUCAACCCAGCUCCUGACCCAACACACACCUACCCAACAUGACAACAACAACAACAACAACAACAACAUGGAAACUGGCACUACCACUCAAAACCAACAUCAAACAUACAGUUCUGUCACAGCUGCCAACUUGACUCCUUCUAUCAAUAAAGCCAUCAGGAGAGCAGCCAUCUGCAUGUGGGAAAUCCUACUCAACCCCAUGCCAGGUAACAACCUCUUCCCACCAGAUACUCCACAUGCUGACAUGGUCAAGAAAAUGAAGGCAGCCCUUGCCAACAUCCACAAGCCAGACACCCCAGUUUGGGACAUCAGAUCCAUCACUGCACUACACAAUGGAAGCUUCAUAAUCAAACUCAAGACCAAAUCCCUAGCAUCCUGGCUCCAUGAAAUGACAAGUAAAGAAGCCUUAACCAAACACUUUGGAAACACAGUAUCAUUUCACACUCAUACUUACCCUAUUGUUGCUGAAUACCUCCCCAUCCAGCUCCAAAUUCAAGAUGAUACCUUCCUCCAUUCAGUCGAGCAAGACAACAAUCUCCUGAUCAACUCAAUUGUGACUACUUGCUGGAUCAAACCCCCCCAGCGCAGAUCUGCAACCCAACGCAAGGCUUUCGCACUGAUUCACAUUGCAGACCCCCAUACAGCAAACCUCAUCCUCAAAGAAGGCAUUUACAUCCAAAAUGAACGCAUUGCAGUCUGCAAGGACAAAUGCUAG